AUGGGGCAUGGGCUUCUAGUGGAGCCGGGCUUCUAUUGGAACAUUUACGGUAUAUUUUAUUUAAAAAAAUAUUUUUUUCAAAAUUUAGGAUCCCCCCAAAUUAAUUGUGAAAAAGAUUUUGUACAUUUUAAGGUUAAAACCAAAAAGCCUUUUAUUGGAAGGGUUUAUGUUAAAGGAGAAUUUGAUAAUCCUAAAUGUUUAAAAAGGAGUACCUUAAAUGAAGAGAAAAAUAUAAAUUCCGAAACAAUAAAAGAAGAGAAUAGCCCUGUGGGGGAUAAAGCAACAGAAGAGGAAUUGGAAGAUGAUUACAAUGAAGAAACACUACAACAAAUAUUAAAAGAAUUACAAAAAAGAAAACAACACCAAAAUUCCCCCCAAUUUCCAAUCCCCUCAAAUUUCCCUUCAGCUAGUUCAGCAGAACAGUUGAAGAGAUGGAGAAGCUUUUUGACUGGAAAGCCGGGGUUGGAUGGACAAUUUUUUAGAAGAUAUGGAAGUAAAUUAAGUCCGGAUGUUAAUGGAGAGUGUCCUUUGAUUUGCCCUCCCUGUGAAGACUCUCCUCCCUCUCCCCCUCCCCCUCCUCCCAACAAACAAAAAAUUGGAGAAACAACAAAUAAUAAUCAAAAAUUAGUUUUAUUAAAGAAACGAAGAAGUCUUUUAAAAGAUGUUGAUGAUAAUAAAAAUUAUGCAGAAUUAUGGGUUCCUAUUGGAGAGUGUAAUACUCGAAGGGAUAGAAUUGUUAGUGUAUUUUAA